AUGAGGGCAGCAAGCUGUUUAAUGACACGCCGGUGGGCGACGGUCUCCGCACGCUUCGAGAGCCUCGGCAAAGAAGUCUCUGCCCCUUUCGCGUCCGCCUGCGACUCCGGAGUCGUCGCUGGAAGACAGCAGCUUGCAGUGCGAGGAGGGGGACAAACAGCGCCAUUGACUGAGCCGCGUCUCUCGGGCUGGCGACAGGAAACACGUCUCACAAGGCCGUCUCAGGCGGCGGGACCCCCUGUACGGUGUGGGGUGAGCGACGCGGGGCAAGGAGUUUCUGCUUUCUUGUCCCCCGCAGAUUGGGAGCGAUCGGCUCCUUCUGCUUCUCCCUUUCUCGCCUCUUCUUCGCUUUCGGCGUCAGGGGCCGCCCGCGUCUCUUUGCAGAGCUCUUCUCAUUCGUCUGCCUCUGUCUCUCCUUCUCUCUCGCCUCGACCUCUCUCCGCGUCGUCUUUCGCGGCCGCUGCGUCGCACAGCCUCUCUACUUCCGCCGCCGGCGCGACGGCUGGCGUCCGUUCUCCUCCCUUGUCUGCUCUUCAGCCAAGAUUUUUCUCUACUGUUUUCUCUCGUGCCCCUGCGUCUCUGCGCCGGAGCCGUGCGGCCACAAGCGGCGCGGGAAGCGGCGAUUCGGUGGCUCUGGGCAGCGAGUCCCGCUUCUGGUUCAACUCUCGGCGCGGCUACGACAGCCGCUGGGUUCACCGGCUGGAGCGACUCAGAGAAUCUAAGUUCUACGAACCGAGCCCAGAGAUCCAAGAGGAGGAAAUUCUCCACGCCGACCAAAUUCACCCGCUGCUCCAGCCAGUCACGCCGAGCUGGAACAGUCGCAGGACUGGCAUCCUGGCGUACAAGCUCGGGAUGAUGUCUCUUUGGGACGGCUGGGGCGAGCGCCACCCGGUGACAGUGUGCCAAGUCGACCGCUGCGUCGUCAUGGAUCAGCGCACGCUGGACAAGGACGGAUACGAGGCCUGCGUGAUGGGCGUAGGCUACAAGCCUGUUCACAAGGUGACGAAGCCGAUGCUUGGGGCGUACAUGCGGUCGCGGAUCGAGCCGAAAAGCCGCGUGGCGGAGUUCAAAUGCAGCAGCGACUGCCUGCUGCCCGUCGGGCACGAAAUGUCUGUCCGGCACUUCACUCCUGGGCAAUACGUCUUCGUCAGCGGCUGGUCGAAGGACCGCGGCUACCUCGGCGUGAAGAAGCGGUGGGGAUUCGCCGGCCAGAAUGCUGCGCACGGCGUGGAGGCCAAGGCGCACAGCAGUCCAGGAAGCAUUGGACAGAGCAAAACGGUUAACGUCGUCUGGCGGUUCAAGAAGAUGGCGGGUCACGCAGGUGGCGACCCACGCGUCGUAAACUGCAAAGUGUUCCGCAUCGAGACUCAGCGAAAUCUCAUCUUCCUCAAAGGCUGCGUGCCAGGCUACAAGGGAAGCCUGAUCAAGAUCAGCGACGCCCGCGGAAAAACGCAUCACAGACACAAUCGCCACAUUCCUCUCCACUUCCCCACGUUCGUUCCGCAACCCGGGGUCUCCUACCCCGUGACGCUGCAGUGCCCAGACACCGAGCAAGAUCCCUUCCUGUUCCCCGAAAUUGCCAUCGCCGACAAGGAGAAAUAA